AUGACAGCGGUGUAUAUUAGAAAUAGGUGUUUUAAUUCUAGGUUAGGAAAAACUCCGUAUGAAGCACUGACAGGUAAGCAACCUAAUCUGAGCAAUAUGCAUAUCUUUGGCUCAACAUGCUAUGCCUUUGUUCAAAAUGUUAAGAAAUUAGACGACCGGAGCCGUAAAGGUGUUUUUGUAGGUUAUGAUAAAGACAGUCCAGCAUACUUGGUAUACCACCCAGAAACAAACAAAGUGGAAAAGGUAAGAUGCGUGAAAUUUUUUGAUAAUUUUGAAACUGAGCCUGAGGCGUCUAAUGACAACCAAGAAUUAAUUGUGCCAAAUAAAGAACAUGUUGAGACUACGGUAAAUGCUAACGAGCUGCCUCAGCAAAUGGAUGAAAAUGCUGGUACAGCAGAGGUAGAGAACAACGCGGCGAGAUAUCCAACACGCACUCGCAACAAACCAAGGUAUCUUGAUCAGCCUAUUAUUGACGACAAUGUUAACCGCACUGUUGAUUAUUGCUUUAGGGCUGUAGACAUUCCAAAAUGUUACAAGCAAGCAACAAAAUCGCUGGAGGCUAACAAGUGGCAAAAUGCCAUGAAUGCAGAGGUAAGCGCAUUAAACGAUAACAAUACGUUUGAGUUAGUCCCACCACCAAAGGAUCGACAGAUAGUGGGGGGAAGAUGGGUUUACGCCGUAAAAAUCGGCCAAAAUGGAGAAGAAACCCAUAAAGCAAGAUAUGUAGCUAAAGGGUAUUCUCAAAUUCCUGAGAUUGAUUAUCAGGAAACGUUUGCCCCGACAGCUCGCAUGAGCUCAAUUCGUGCAUUGCUACAACGUGUUGUGCAGAAUGACAUGAUCAUUCACCAAAUGGAUGUCAAGACCGCCUACCUUAAUGCGCCUAUAGAUUGUGAGCUCUAUAUGGAACAACCAGAAGGUUUUGAGGAACAUGGUGAGAAUGGUGAAAAAUUAGUAUGUAAAUUAAAUAAGUCAUUAUAUGGUUUAAAGCAAAGUGGGAGAAACUGGAAUAAUUUAUUACACGAGUAUCUGCAAAAGGAGGGUUUUAUUCAGUCACAGGCUGAUCCAUGUGUGUAUGUGAGAAUGAUUGACUCGAAGCGAUGUGUUAUAGUAAUUGUAUGGGUUGACGAUAUCAUUAUCGCAGCCAGUCAUUUUGAAUUACUAACAACUGUAAAAGAAUCUUUAGGCGAAAGGUUCAAAAUGAAAGACCUAGGUAAGCUAUCGUGGUUUUUAGGUACAGAGUUUAAAUGCAAGGAAUCGUGCAUCGAAAUGAAUCAGAAACAAUAUAUUGAAAAAGUAUUGUUAAAGUUUGGGAUGGCUGAUUGCAAGCCCAAGCCUACUCCAUGUGUUUUAGGUAUCGAGAAGGUCUCAGACGAAGAAUCACCAAGCUUAAAAGACCCAGGUGAGUAUAGGGCUAUUGUUGGGAGCUUAAUAUACGUUAUGACAGGCACCAGGCCUGAUUUGUGCUAUAUAGUGACGAAGCUCUCACAGAAAAUGUCUAAGCCCACAAGAGCCAAUCUCGACUUGGCUAAACACGUUUUAAGGUAUUUGAGGGGUACAUCUGAGCAAGGUUUGACAUUUAGGAAGUCAAACGUUCCGCUAAGGUUGAACGGAUUUUGUGACUCCGACUGGGGCGCAUCAGUAGCCGACAGGCGGAGUAUAACUGGCUAUAAUUUUCAGUUGUCUUCAACAGGUCCUUUAAUAUCCUGGAAGAGCCGUAAGCAACCAACAGUUGCACUCUCUACAUGCGAGGCAGAAUAUAUUGCGCUUGCAAAUGCCGUACAGGAGGCAAAAUUAUGUAUCGACAUGAAGGUAAGUAUAAGGGAUGAUAAUGUACUUAUUCAAGUAGAUAAUCAGGGAGCUAUAAACUUAGCUAGAAAUCCCGUACACCAUCAAAGGUCGAAACAUAUAGAUAUUAAGUAUCAUUUUAUAAGAUCCGAGAUACAGGUAGGUACCAUAAGUUUGAAAUAUGUUCCUACUGAGGACAAUAUAGCUGACGUCUUCACAAAGCCAGCUAGCAAAGGUAAGUUGGAAAAAUUUAAGCACUUCAUGUUAGGUUUAUAAAUGCGCUGCGUAAUACAAAUAUAUUAGAAAUUAAAAAAUUAUUGAUGUAAUUUAUAGAUGCUCAGAACAUAAGAGCAAGUGGGGGUGUUAGAAUAUGCUCCUGA